AUGUCGUCAAUGAUUCUGGAAGUUGGGCGGGCAAAGGAGAUGAACCACGUAUUUCUGAUUGUCCUUGCUGGUGCCCUAGUCUCAUGGCUUGUCGCUUUGUUUGCGCGGCGAACACCCAAAGCCGAAGUGCAAGUCGAAUCGGCCGCGGGACCCGAAGCUUUGUUCAAGACCCCGGCACCAAAGCCACUCAAUCUUAGCGAUGCCGACCUGAGAGCACCGAUACUCUACAGGCCUUGUAGGCAUGGACCGAACUUUAUCACCAUGGGGAUAAGGAGGGUCGACUGGGACGACUUGAUCGAAAUGGAUUCCAACUUUAUGACAUAUCACGACCUCAAGGCGCAAGAGCUGAAGAAGGACUUCAAGGCUCAUAUCCAAUACGUCGACAAUGCCAAUGUUCGGGAUGCUUGCUGCGAGACAUACGAAGAACUGACCAUGUACCUCACUCGCCGCUAUCCGAAUAUCUUCAAACUCAAGGGCGGAUUUGUGCAUAACUUAGCGACUGGAGAACAAUUCGCUUUUCCUGAAGCUGAUCCCGCCAAAGCCCUGGCGAAUGCUGCAUUGAUGGUCCAAGAUGAUCUGGUGCUGAUGGUCGAGGAAGAAGAUGGGCAAUACCAUUUGGAUGCCGGCGCUGUUUGUCUACCAGGAUUCUGGCGCCUGAGAGAAAAGUUCCGCAUGUCCUUGGACACUCUGCAUAUCGAAGCUGGUGUCCCUCAUUACCAAGCGAAGUUGAUGAAAUCCAUGAACCGAUUCUUCAAGACGAUGACACCAGACAAACCAGUCACACGCAACAAUUUCUUUAUCCAAUUGGACGACGGUCUUCACUGGUCGCAUCGCAUGGGAGACCAAAACGGCACCGAAGUCGCUUCCUGGGAAAAGUCUGACGGCACCGGCCUUCGUGUGGAGGAGAUCCAUUUCCGUUCCGAAAGGCAGACUCUCCGCCGCCUACCUCGAUCGAAAGCGCUUUUGUUCACAGUCCGCACAUAUUUCGAGCCCGUCACUGCCAUUGCUCAGGAACCCCAUAUUCCAGGCCGUUUGGCAGAGGCGAUCCGCAACUGGGAUGAUACGGUGUCGAACUACAAGGGCAAAAAGCACUGGGAGAACAUAUUGCUACCGUACCUCGACGAGCAGCACCGGUUGCAGGUGGAAAGUGGAGUACUGGAGACUAAGGAGGAAGGCGAAUUUCCUUUUUAA